CUUCGUUAUCAUAGACCUGCCACCGUCCAUUACAUUCUUGUCCUACAGUAUUCUUUCUGAGUUUCAUUCUAUUUCAAGGAUUAGACCGCCCUCACAGCCUACAUGGCGCGAAUUUCAGACCUGAUUCUGGAUUCUAAGUUGGAAACCUCCUUUCUCCCAGACUGUACAGUUCACACCUUCCAAGAGUCAGACCCAAAGUCCAGACAGCGCCUAGUCACCAGAUCGGAGCACUGGCACCGGCAAAAGAAGAUCGGCGGUGGGGGCUUCGGCACAGUCUGGCUAGAAACAUGUACUCAAGGCGCGUCUUCCAGUACCUCAGCACCGGCUGUUACAGUGCGUGCAGUCAAGCAGAUUGAUUUGGACUCGCGACUUGGCAAGAUUGACUACCAUCGGGAGCUAGAGGCUAUUGCUAAGUUCUCGCAUGCUCGUUAUGAACGAUGUUUUGUCAAGUCAUUCGGAUGGUACGAGGGACCUAGGCAGCUCUUUAUAACAAUGGAAUACCUUGAGAUUGGCGACCUUUUCACGUACCUUUGUGAGAAACCCCCACUUCCAGAAGCCGAAGCGAAGCAUAUUACGUACCAGAUCCUCGACGCUUUAACCAUGAUGCAUCAACAUGAAUUUGCUCACCGAGACUUAAAACCUAAUAACAUUCUUAUCAAAUCACAUCCUCCAGACGAGUGGUGGAUCAAACUCGCAGACUUUGGUAUCACCAAACGCAUCGACGAAGGCCGCGGGCAAUCAUCAACGAUGAAGGGCACCCCAAGGUACUUUGCUCCCGAGAUCUGGGAAUUUGUCCCACGAGGCAGUGCUUAUGCCACCGAUAUUUGGGCGCUCGGGGAAAUCAUCUUUGAGAUGCUUACCAAGAGACCUGCGUUCGGCAAGCCUGCCUUACUCGCAAGCUACAAAAGUCAAAAUCAAUUUCCAACGAACAUACUCACCAAUGCAAAUGUCAGCCAGUCAGGCAUUGAUUUUGUGAUGUCACUUAUGCAUCCUGACCCUAAUCAACGAAUAACGACAACAAUGGCUAUGUCAGAUGUGUGGAUACGAUCGCUCGUACCUUGUUCAUCAGAGUCACCGGAGACAAUAGGUCAUGGCGAGCCGCAAUUUCUUUCCCCCUCCGUUAACACCCUGGCUGAAGAAUUUGCUUCGUGGAACACACGAUCUCCUCCGCAUACGCAGGGUCCUGCCUAUGCCACUCCUCAUUUGCCCAGACCAGAUACAGCAAAAGGAACCCAAGAACCGGUCACGGUGGCAGAGCAAGAACGGAUGACAUCUUCUCCGGAGAAUACAAGACCGAAAGUGGUUCAAGGCCAAGCCGAGACCAUAGAAAUUAGUGCUGUGGAGCUCAGCGAUAGGUUUAAAAACGCCACCUCUCUUCUUAGAAGCAAUCACCUCGAAGAAGCAGAGGCUCAGCUUCGUUGGGUCUGUCAGGCGCAAGAGAAAGUGCUACAUCAAGAUCGUUUACGUCAAGAUCGUACCAAAGGAAUUUCCCCAUUAUUUGCACUCGGCCAAUGUGUCUACUUACGCGGACGCCAUGCUGAGGCCGAGACUAUACUCGAUCAAGCUCUGCAGGCGCACGAGAAAGCGUUGGGCCCUGAACAUAGAUACACACUUUCCUGUACACAGUUGUUGGGUCUAUCGAUCGAUCGCCAGGGCCGAUUCGAAGAGGCGGAGACUAUCUUCCGCCAAGCUCUACAAGGCCGAGAGAAAGUUCUCGGUCCUUUUCAUAAAAACACCCUUAAUUCCUUAAAUUGUCUUGGCAUUUGUCUCUAUUGUCAAGGACGGUACAAGGAGGCGGAAAUCGCAUUCCGCCGGUCUUUUGGAGGCCGCCAUAAUCUGCUGGGCCUAAGCCAUGGCGAUACAGUCGAUUCAGCAUUCUAUUUAGGCAAAUCUCUCUCUUGCUUGGCACGAUAUAAAGAAGCAGAAACAGUGUUCCGUCAAAUCAUCACAUAUAACGAGUCCCAUAUCAACAGGCCUGGGCCAGCGUUUAAAUCGAUAUACCGGGUUGGCCUGUGUCUUUUUAACCAGGAAAACUAUGAAGAGUCGGAGAAAUGGCUCCGCCGAGCUCUUGUGGCGCGAGACCUGCUCGGCCCGACUCAUAAAGUGACCCUUGACAACGCAUACAAGCUAGCUCAAUCCGUGUACAAUCAAAAUCGAUAUAUAGAAGCGGAAGCAUUGAUCUGUCAAGCUCUUCGACUCCUGGAGGAAGGACUCGGCCAUAAAGACGUCCUAACACUCAAGUGUGCAUACCGGCUUGGCCACUCUCUCUAUCUUCAGUAUCGGUACGAAGAGGCCGAGGCUGCGUACCGCCGAGCUCUCGAGGGGCUGGAGGAAACGCUAGGGGGCGGUCAUGUAUUGACACUUGACACUAUAUUCUUUCUUGGGCAGUCGGUUUAUCGUCAAAAUUCGUUCAUGGAGGCAGAAAAAUUGUUCCAGCGUGCUCUUGAGAGACAAGAGAAGAUCCUGGGAUAUUCCCAUGAAGAUACACGGCUAUCGAGGGAUUGCGCCGAGAACGCCCAUAUAGCGGCUGUUGCUGCAGCACGGGAUAAAAUACAAAGAUGGCUUUUUGUUGGAGAACCACCCAAUAGUCGCCGGCUGCGCAUGUGGACUGACUAAUUGCUUUUUCUCCAUUUCUUAGGUAGCAUUAACUUGGUAUUAUGAAGGAAGCUAGUUCAAG